AUGUCAACAUUCGCACCAAUCGGCCAGAAGGUCGAGAAGGCGACCAAGGUCGCGAAUGGCGUCGAGGAGGACGACAGGGUGGUCGAGGAGAUCGAGUCCCUGUGCAUGAACUGCCACGAGAAUGGCAUAACACGACUACUCCUCACCAAGAUCCCCUUCUUCCGUGAAAUCAUCAUCAUGUCUUUUUCAUGCGAGAAGUGCGGCUUCUCGAACAAUGAGGUCCAGCCAGCUGGCACCUUUCAGCUUAAGGGCUCUCGCUACGAACUCCGGUUAAUCGAUAUGGCCGACUUCCAGCGCCAGGUUGUCAAGUCCGAUACGGCUACUGUCAAGUUCAUCGAACUGGACGUUGAGGUCCCUCCAGGAAAGGGCCAGCUUACCAAUGUCGAAGGUUUGCUCACAACCUUGGUUGACGACCUGGCCUUCGGCCAGGAGGAGCGCAAGAAGGAGAAUCCCGAGGUCUGGGCUAAGGUUGAGGAGGUCAUCGCCAAGGGCAGGAGGAUGCUGGCCGGCGAGCUGUUCCCCUUCCGUGUUGCCGUCGACGAUCCCGCCGGUAACUCGUUCAUCGCCCCCGACCCGCGCGACGGUGUCGGCAAGUGGGAGAAGCGCGAGUACCUCCGCACUCCUGAGCAAAAUGCCAUGCUUGGCCUUGCCGACACUGCGACGGACGGCCUCGAUGAGAACGACGACAUCAUCCCCGACCAGGUCUACUCCUUCCCCGCGCAUUGCCCUGGUUGCAUGCAUCCUUGUACCACCAACAUGAAGAUGGUUGACAUUCCGCACUUCCGUCAGGUCGUGCUGAUGAAUACGACCUGCGACGACUGCGGCUACAAGUCGAACGACGUCAAGACCGGCGGUGAGAUCCCCGAAAAGGGUAAGAAGAUCUCGUUGAAGGUCAAGAGCGCCGAGGAUCUGGCCCGCGACAUUCUCAAGAGCGAGACCUGCUCGAUGGAGUGCCCAGAGCUCAGCCUGGCGGUGAACCCAGGCACGCUGGGUGGCCGUUUCACCACCGUCGAGGGUCUGCUGACCCAGGUGCGCGACGACCUGCAUGCGCAAAUCUUCGAGGCCGACGCCGACGCUGGUGAGGAGGCGCGCAUCAAUGACUCUCUCAGCGAAGCCGAACGCCAGCGCUGGGAAGAGUUCUUCCGCGACCUCAAUGCCGCCAUCAAGGGCGAGAAGGAGUUUACCAUUAUUUUGACCGAUCCGAUUGCCGCGUCGUACGUGCAGAGCUUGGCCGACGACCCGAGCCAGCCUGAUGAGCAAAUGACGGUCGAGUGGUACGAGCGUACCGAUGAGGAAGAAGAGGACCUUGGUCUGAAGGACAUGAAGGUUGAGGGUUAUGAGGAGGAGUACGCAAAGGAGAAGGAGAAGGAGGCAAGGAAGCAGACAGAGGAGGCUGCUGCUGAGUGA